AUGGCAUGGGCCCACAAGUGGUGGAAGGCAAACGCCUUCCUGGCGGUAGCAGCGCUGCGAUUUCUAUUCGGUGUACAGCCCGUUAUUUUUGUCGACCGUGCUUCAUCAUCGAAUCGUGGCUGCCGGAAGCAGAAGGGACAUGCUCGUACCGUCAGGACACGAUGGAGAAGAAUUUUCAAUUUCGAAACUGCAAGCGAAGGCGCUGCCCGUGGGCUUUUUACGAUGAUGGUCGUACUGCUAUCGUCAUGCGUCGGAUUUAGUGCUUAUUGGCAUUGGUCUGAUGAAAUGGCGUUGACAAAUGGCAUAAUUGCAUCGUCCAAUUGCCACAACCAGAACUGUGCUAAAUCAAAGCGUGCCCUUAGCAUGGAAGUGAUCGGUGGAUUUGCAUUACCGCUGCUAGUGACCGUUAGCAUUUAUCUUUACCGCUGGAAUAAUCGACCGUUGAUUCGGAGUCUUAAUCGCAAUUCCGAAACUAUCUACCGCAGUCAACCAAAUUGUUGGGACGACCAACGGCGGGGUAGUUCCUGGAAGCAAUACGGACGGCUAGCCACCAAGCAGGUGUUUGAAGUGAUGGCCCUGGGGGUUCUGUGGUUAAAUCUCAGACCCUUUAGUCACACAAAACAGGACGGUGAUGAUGGGGAUUAUCAUGUUGGCAAAUUAAUUUCAUCGAUUGCAUCGAUGCUUCCGGCCAUCGUCUGCUUGCUGGUGUCGAUCGAAAUGGGCAUUAAUUUUUCAUCAUUGGCCCGCAGAUUAAACACCUUAAAUGUGUCCCUGAACAAUUUCAUCCGUUGCAUUUGUGUCGGCGAUUGUAUGAAAAGAGUUAAUCCUGACACUAAUGUGAUACAAACACAGUAUAUGCACAGAAUCAGCAACGAUUUAUCAUGUAAGCCAAAUAAACGAAAUUAUUUGCGCCAUCUAAUUUUACAGUACGAUGUACUAGGGCAAUAUACAGUAGAUGUGGUACAGUUCUAUGCUCCAAUUCUACUAAGCAUUGUUGGAAUGCAUUUUGUACUCCUCACUAUGCAGCUGUUUCUGUGCUAUCGACAAAUGUCACGGACAACGAGCGAUUCAGUGAAUAUUAACCAACUCGGUCAAACGCUGUUACCGAUGCUGUCAGCGAUCAGCAGUGCAGGACAGAUUAUGUUUCUCGUUGAUAUAGCAGCGGAAUUCAACCGAAAACUUGACGAUGGUACAGUUGUCGAUUUGGGGCGUUUAUCUUCAGCCACGCAUCGUGUAGAUCGAAACACAUUAACAACGUAUGAUGCCAAGGAAUUAGAUAAAUGUGUUACAACAUUAUCGUUAAUUGUGUACAGAAUUCGAGAUGGGACAAUGUUGUAUGGCUACUUCGAUUUAGACCGUAGUCUCGUUAUGACGAUUAUUACUUCGACUUGUUCGUAUUUAAUCGUGCUAAUGCAAGUGAUGUAA